AUGCUGAAUCGCGGCAGCAAUGUCUCUUCAAGCAUUUUCAAAACUGUCUCCAUCCUCUUAUGGUUCUCGGCCUUUGUGUUGCUCUUUGGAUGUUGGGUUAAAUGCGAUCUAGUUGGGCAUGGCAGACAUGAACUGCGCGACGGAAAGGUUGAAAAGUUGAUGGUCAAUACAAUGAUUGCCGAAACUCCCGAGGACUUGGAACAAUACAAAAAACUUCCAGGCGCUUGUGAUGUUGAAAUGGACAAGGAUGGAAAUAUAAUUAUUUGGUACCUAAAACAUACCAAAACAAAAGAGGAUGGAUGCUCUGCUGAUUUUGUCACCACACAACAUGAUUCUUUUUUGUUGGAAUUUGGCAUCUGGCACAAUUCUGAGCUUUCUGACUGUCUGGAUUUUGCAGGAGGAACAGGCGAUAAAGCCGAUAGCCUAGAAAAUUAUGCCACUUUAAAUGAAAAUAGGUACAUAUCCAAUAUAAGUAGCUACAACAAAAAAUUAUUCUUAUUUAGGUUUGCAUUCUCCUUCAGUCUAAAAGGCAGCGAAUUCGACAGGAUUAAGUAUGGACCGCUAUAUGGUAAUGAUGAUGAUUGUACUGAUGGAGAAAUGUGUAGAUUUGGCAAAGGUAAAUGUUUGAAGGCAGCGGAUUAUUCUGUUGGAUGGGCUCGGAUAAAAGAAAACAUAGUUGACAGCCUUCAAGCAAUUGGCGAGGUUGAUUUAUCCGCUUGCCGUAGAUAUUAUUCAAAUUAUGUCAAGAAAACAUCUUUUGGGGAAACAUAUACAACCUUCAAUAUUAAAUUCAGCAGAAAUGGACAUGAUACUUCCUGUGGCCCACCGAGAAUGAGGAAGGACAAGUUCAAGAAAGCUAUGCAUUGUUUUAAAAUGGAAAAUCUUCACGUGCCGGAAGGAUGGAAAAUUAUGGACCCAAACUAUAUAGAUCAAAAAUACCAAAAUCUUUUAACCUUCCACAUUCUUCCUGUUACUGCAAUGAGAGAAACUAUGCAGAAUAUUGAGAAAUGCAAUGGGGAAUGUGAUAAAGAAUCAACAAUGCAAAAAUGUGAGAAAAUGUCUGUUAAAUUUGUAAGUUUGUUGUGA